AUGGGUUCAAUUCAAUCGCCGAAGAAGCCAGAUAUAGUCAUUGUACGGCGACGGACGGAAACCCAGUCGACUCAUGCAUCAUAGCUAAUGACAUCUUGCAGAUUGGAGGGUCCCUCGGUGGGCUCUUCGCGGGUGUCGCGUUGAAGAGCCAUGGGUAUAACACCACGAUCGUGAGCAGCAGCACUACCUUACUCAAUAAUGCCAAAUCUCGCAACGCCAAGCUGAUGGAUGAUGGCCUCUCCAGCUCGAACGAACGCCCAAGUUUCUACUUGAAAACCAAGGCGCGGGCAUCGUGGCGGGAGGCGACACGAUUGAUUUUUUCAAGAAAUAUGAUCGAUCCGGAAAGGCGGUGGCCGUGCCGAGUUAUAAGCGCUUGUAUUUGGACCAGAAAGGCCGUGUCAUCCACGAGGAGAUCAAUCGUCAGAAUAUGACGAGUUGGGAUUUGGCGUACUACCUCUUACGAGCCGUGAGUCUAUUAUGCUCCGCGAUCAGGUUGGAGGGAGGGACGACUGACCUGGAUGGAUGUUAGAAUUACGACCGAGUCGAUAGCGCGUACUUGGAGGGAGGCAAGCUGCCCGAGCAAAGAGCAACAGAUGGCCAAGUCAACUACCGCUACGGCUGCACCGUAACCGCGCUCUCAGACGAAGGCGACAGCGUGCGGAUCAAAUUCCAGCGCAAAACAGAAGCCGGCUCCGAGGUCGAAGACGAACUGACCACAAAAUUCCUCAUAGCCGCCGACGGUCCCUCGUCCACCAUCCGCAAAAUCCUCGAGCCCCAGAUCGAGCGCCAGUACGCCGGCUACUGCGUGAUCCGCGGCACCCUCCCGGAAACCGAAGCCUCGCAGUCAGCGCUGGAAGUUUUCCGCGAGCGUUUCUGCUUCUUCCACGCCCCGGGCAUCCAGAAUCUCACCUAUACCAUCGCGGGCAAGCACGGCUCCACGGAGCCCGGCAACCGCCUGCUCAAUUUCGUGUGGUACGCCAAUUUCGCCGCCGGCAGCGAGGAGCUGGAAAAGCUCAUGACGGACAGAGACGGCCGCCGGCGCCACAUCACCAUCCCGCCCGGCAUGAUCGCGUGGGACGCCUGGGAACUGCUCAAGUCCAAAGCCGCAGAGCGCCUGCCGCCGCAGAUGGCGGAGAUGGCCCAGAAAACGCAGACCCCCUUCGUGCAGGCCAUCACGGACGUGGCAGCGCCCAGGAAUCUGUACUGGGGCGACAAGAUUGCGCUCGUAGGCGACGCGCUGGCGGGUUUCCGCCCGCACACGGUGGCGUCGACGUCGCAGGCCGCGUUCGAUGUCAUGGCCCUGGUGGACUGGCUGGAUGGCACGAGUGACCGGAAGACGUUCGUUCGGCAGACGAUGGAGUACGCGCGGGAUGUGCAGGCCAAGGGGGUGCGCAUUGGCAAUCGCUCGCAGUUUGAAGAGUUGUCGCUGCAGGAGUACAUCGACGACAGGAACAUGAUGUCGAUUCCACAUAGGGAUAUUGAAUUCCCGGAGUGGACUCGAGAGGAUUUGGACAGGAUCUAA